AUGGACAAGAGUUGGAUUGCAUUAGGUAGCACAGUUGAUGGAAGGAUAAGUCGGGCAUAUAAUGAUGGGGUAAUAUCAUUUCUCCGUUUUGCAAUGGCGGUUAUCGAUCGAGAUGGUAAAAUUUUGUGCCCUUGUCGAAAGUGUGUGAAUGUUGUUCGUCAAAAAUUUCAAAUUGUUCAAAUUCAUUUGCUGCAACAUGGGAUUAUUCCAACUUACACUAUCUGGCACGUGCAUGGGGAACCCCGUGAAUCAAACGAGGCUUAUCAUCAUGAUAUACCCGUUGAGGGCAAUGAGGUUUUGGGAGGUAUUGAUGCCUUAGUGGAAGAUCGAAUAAGAGGGGAAUCAACUAAUACAACUCAAGAGGAGGAGGUUCGCACUUUUGAUAAAUUAUUGAAUGAUGCCAAACGUGAGGUGUACCCAGGUUGCACAAAUUACACUUUGUUAAAAUUUGUCAUCGAGAUACUUAAUAUGAAGGUAACAAACCAUUGGAGUAAUAAGUCAGUUGACAUGAUGCUAGAGUUUUUAACAAAACUUUUACCGAAGGAUAAUUUGGUUCCAAAGUCAACUUAUGAAGCUAAAAAAAUACUACGUGAAUUGGGUUUGUCAUACGAGCUCAUUGAUGCUUGUGUAAACGAUUGUGUGCUCUUUUGGAAGGGGAAUGCAACACCAGAUAAAUGUCCAAAUUGUAAGGCUUCUAGAUACAAGACAAAUCAUGGUAGAGGUAAGAAGAUCUCUCGUAAGGUUCUUCGAUACUUCCCGUUAACACCGAGAUUGAAAAGGUUGUACAUGUCGAGGAAGAGAGCCGAGGAAAAACGUCUAGAUGACGGUGUAUUGAGGCAUCCUGCAGAUAGUGAUGAGUGGAAGGAAUUCGAUACACAACAUCCUAAAUUUGCCUUGGAGCCUCGGAAUGUGAGGCUAGGGUUGGCUACUGAUGGUUUCAACCCUUUCAGAAAUAUGAAUAACUCAUAUAGUUUGUGGCAUGUCGUACUCAUUCCGUACAACUUGCCACCGUGGUUGGCUAUGAAGGACCCAUUUUUCAUGCUGUCAUUACUUAUUCCUGGUGAAUCACAACCAGGAAUUAAUAUUGAUGUCUACAUGAGACCUUUAGUAGAAGAAUUGAAUGAAUUAUGGAACAAUGGUACAUUAACCUAUGAUGCCUCGACUGGUGAGACUUUCUGCAUGCAUGCAGCUUUGCUGUGGACGAUACAUGAUUGGCCCGCAUUUGGUAUGGUGUCAAAGUGA